ACUUUAGUGCUGACUUGUCUAGAGAACAACAGGGCUAUGAAUUCUGGUGUUAAGGAAUGUCCAAAAAGGUGCAGAAGAAGAAACAUGAGUCAGACAUUGUAACAGCUGUUGGAUUGUUAGUACUUGACCACUAGGCAGAGCUCUUGUAAUGAUAAUGUAAUUAACGCAUUUUAUUUUGUAUGUUUUAUUUUUAUGUUGAGCAUGUUAACAUUUUCCUAUUUGCAUACCGGAUUGGUGUACUGUUAAUUUGAUACAUGGAAAAUAAUUGGUUAAAGUUUUGUAAGUUUAAGGUAAGGCCAGAGGCACAAUCAACUUUGAUACUAAAGACAAGCGAGACAAGGCAGAACACUGAGAAGUACAGACUGAAUAUGUUCCUUAAAACUAUAAUUAUUUUGUCUACAGCAGCCUGCGUCGAGGCUAAAGGAAGUCAUACACUUUGUCACAUCUAUGGAUCUUUUGACUCAAGUGACACUCAAAUCUGUGCAGCAUUCGAUGGUGGUGAAGUAUACUAUGCAGACUUUAAAAAAGAUCAGCUGAUUUGGGAGAGCAAAAUUCCCGUAAGUUUUCGUUUACCCGACGCCUACAAAUAUGCAGUUUUAUAUCGAAGUAUGUGCAAAAAUGACAUCAACAGAUGGAAGCCAGACAAGUCCGUAAUAAAGAAAAAAGAACCACCAGAAUUCAUCAUCUACCCCAGAGAUGAAGUGAUAACAGGGGAAGAUAAUACCCUCAUCUGCUUCAUCAACCACUUCUUUCCUCCUUCGAUCAACAUUAAGUGGACCAAGAAUGAUGUAGAAGUAACAGUGGAAGACCCUUUCAUCAAAAUUUUGUCCAAUCCUGAUGGGACCGCUUAUGUCUUGUCCUACCUCAACUUUGUGCCAGAGAAAGGAGACAUCUACAGUUGCUCUGUGGAACAUGAAGCGCUGGACGAGCCUCAGACCAGGUUUUGGGAGGUUGAAACAGAUGAGAUCAGCAAAGGUCCAGCUGUCUUCUGUGGACUUGGCCUGAGUCUUGGAUUGCUUGGAGUUUUCAUAGGAACCUACUUCUUUUUUAAAGCAGGGCACUCUGGUCCCCCUGGUUGAGAUGUAUACUACAUAUUGUAUAGAGCUCAGAUUGCAUAGUCCUUAGUUUGUUUCCAGCAGGCAUAACUUUCAUCUGUGUUUACUGACAAACCUGAACUGUCUCUUAUCUUCAUUCUUUGUGUAAUGGCUCAUAUGCUGUGUUAAAAUUACCAGCGACAAUUGACAUUUUCCAUUAUGAAUACACUAGUCCCACAGAUUUAAGUCUUUCUACUUAAAAAAUAAAGCAGUAGCUCUUUGGA